CUGAUUAUGGAUGAAAAGCUGAGAAAAGAUGAACUUGCAAGGACAGUUAAAUUCACACCACCAUUGUACAAGCAACGCUACCAGUUCAUUAAACAAUUAGUGAGCAAGCAUAAACCUAAAAAGGUGGCAGACUUGGGAUGUGCUGACUGUAGGCUGCUGUGGAUGCUGAAAUUCUGCAAAUGCAUUGAAAUACUUGUUGGAUUAGAUAUCAGUGAGGACGUGAUGAAGGAAAAAAUGCAUAUGCUAUAUCCCCUUCCUGGUGAUUAUCUUCAGCCAUCUGAAAGACCCCUGACUGUUAUCCUUCAUCAGGGCUCAGUUGCUCAGAAAGACCCCUGUAUGCUGGGCUUUGAUAUGGUAACAUGUAUUGAAUUAAUAGAACAUCUGGAGGCAAAAGAGUUGGAGAAAUUUCCAGAGGUGGUAUUUGGUUUUAUGUCUCCAGCCAUGAUUGUAAUCAGCACACCAAACUCAGAAUUUAAUCCUUUGCUUCCAACUGUAACAUUAUUCAGACAUCCAGACCAUAAAUUUGAAUGGAAUCGAGCACAGUUUCAGAACUGGGCUCUUGAAGCUGCUGCUCGCUAUGACUACACAGUGGAGUUCACUGGAUUAGGAGCCCCACCACCUGGGGAAGAUGAUGUUGGAUUUUGUACACAAAUAGGUAUAUUUGUGAGAAAGUACCUAAAGAAUGGAGAACCUGAGACAGUGGAGAAAUACAAAGAACAUGUUUAUAAAACUAUUUUCAAAGCAGUAUAUCCAAGCCUUAAAGAUGAAAAGUAUUUGCAAACUGCAGUGGUCAACGAAGUUGUACGGACAUCACAAACAAUUGCAAGAAGGCUUCUGGACAAUAGAAAAUCCAAAUACAAGAAAGUGUGUGAUGGUGUUGAAACAGACCCUCUCUUCCUGACACCUUGUUUCCUGAGAAAUGUAGAAUAUCCUUCUUUAACCGAAGCUGACAAUCCACAUAUGGAACCAUUCGUUAAUGGACAAAUUAUCUACGUGCCUCUGGCAAAAAUCUUUUCAACUCCCAAAGUGAAGCAACUAUGUGGCACUUUUGAAACUCUAAGGAAACUUAUCACUGGUAAAGUUGCACUGAGCAAUGAUGGAUCUGCACUGCUGGUUGAAACAGAGUAUGAAAACGAAGAGCUGGAGAAUAAGCAACUUCUUCCUGCUAGCAACCAAUGAAGAAAUCAGAC